UUAUUAAAUAUUUUGGGUGCAGCGAAUUUACUGGAUUUAAAUCCAUCUCCAUCCUCAAAUUGUGAAUAAAUUCGUGAACAAAAAGUGCAAAUAUGACCGCCCCAAAUGCAGCCGGUGAUGCUUCCAAAGCUAAGAACGUCGCAUACAAGGAUAAAAGCAAACCUACCGAUGUCAGGACCAGUAAUAUCAAUGCCGGAAAAGCUGUUUGCGAUGCAAUCCGAACAAGUUUGGGACCGAGGGGAAUGGACAAAAUGAUCCAAUCUGGAAAUGGUGAAGUGACAAUUACCAAUGAUGGUGCCACAAUCCUCAAGCAAAUGAAUGUGAUCCACCCAGCAGCAAAAAUGUUGGUAGAAUUAUCCAGAGCACAAGACGUAGAAGCUGGAGACGGCACCACAACAGUGGUUGUAAUCGCCGGUGCACUCUUAAACGCUGCUGAAAAACUCCUGCAACGCGGCAUCCACCCCACAAUAAUCUCCGAUAACUUCCAAGUGGCCGCCACUCACGCUGUGCAAGUCCUGAAUGACAUUUCUAUCCCCGUCGAAUUGAAAAACAGAGAACAACUGUUGCAAAGCGCCAACACAUCUCUGAACUCCAAGGUCGUUUCUCAACAGUCGAGUUGUCUGGCCGCAAUCGCUGUGGACGCGGUGCUGAAGGUUGUUGAGCCGGGCAAAGAACAAGCAUGCAACUUGUCUGACAUUAAAGUCAUUAAACAAUUGGGCGGCACUACGGAAGACACGGAGCUCGUCGACGGGCUAGUUUUCCCGCAGAGGCUCGCCAAUGUUACCGGACCAAAGAGGGUGGAAAAGGCGAAGAUUGGUUUGAUUCAGUUCUGCAUUUCCCCACCAAAAACCGACAUGGAUCACAAUGUUGUGAUUUCGGAUUAUGCUCAGAUGGAUAGGGUUUUGAAGGAAGAAAGGGCUUACAUCCUAAACAUUGUUAAACAGAUAAAAAAGGCUGGAUGCAAUGUUUUAUUGAUUCAAAAAUCAAUUCUGAGAGAUGCUGUUUCUGAUUUAGCCCUUCAUUUCUUGGAUAAAAUCAAGUGUAUGGUUGUAAAGGAUGUUGAAAGAGAAGAUAUUGAGUUUGUAAGCAAAACUUUAGGUUGUCGUCCAAUCGCAUCUUUGGACCAUUUCGUCCCUGAGAAUCUCGUUUCCGCUGACAUGGCUGAAGAAGUCGGUUUCGGUGGUAACAGAAUGGUUAAAAUCACCGGCGUCCAAAAUCCAGGCAAAACAGUUACAAUCCUCGUCCGUGGUUCCAACAAAUUGGUCCUCGAUGAAGCCGAACGUUCCCUUCACGACGCUCUUUGCGUAAUCCGUUGUUUGGUCCGUAAACCAGCCAUAAUUGCUGGUGGUGGUGCCCCAGAAAUUGAACUCGCAAUCCGUCUUGCCAAGCUGGCUAAUUUGAGUGAAGGAAUGGCUUCAAUUUGUCUCAGGGCUUAUGCAGACGCUUUGGAAAUUGUACCAUUCACUUUAGCCGAAAAUGCCGGUCUGAAUCCCAUUCAAACAGUUACAGAGUUGAGAAACAGACACGCAAAGGAGGAAACCACCGCAGGAAUUAACGUUAGAAAGGGAGCUAUUUCAAAUAUUUUGGAAGAGGAUGUUGUACAACCCCUUUUGGUCACAGUUAGUGCCAUUACUUUGGCUACUGAAACAGUCAGGUCUAUUUUGAAAAUUGACGAUAUUGUUAACACAUUCACGUAAAUUUUCUUUAAUUUUUUUUCUUCAUUAACUUAUUGGUAUUUCGUAAGUUUAUUUCACCAUUUUAAAGCUUUAUAUAAUCAUUUAACACAAAUUCACAGUGAAAAAUAAUAAAAGUUUUAUUAGACUAUCAAUUGUUUUAUUAGAUUUUGUGGUAUUUAAGCUUGUGAUUUUUAUCUGUAAUACAGAUUAGAAUAACGAAAACUCUGUCUUAUUUUUGAAUUAUGUAUUGUUAUAAUAAGAAUAAAGGACAGCCUUAUCCAGAAUAAAUAAAAUGAUUUACA